AUGACUCGGAAGCAUCGUAAGCAUCCAUACAGGAAGCUCCCAUUGCCUAGCAAUGCCCCAUUCGAACUGAAGCCGUCAUCCAGGAAGGGAUGGGGAGCUUUUGCAAAGACACGAAUCAGCAAAGGAGCCACGAUUCUGAUUGAUAAACCGCUCUUCAUUAUUUACAAACCGUCCCUAAAGAUUACGGAAGAAGAUGUUUUGAUGGCCUUUCUACGAUUGGCACCUGCAGAUAAGGAAACGUUUCUGCGCAUUCGCGACAAUGGCUCUGCGUCCUUCGAAAGCUUGUUGGCCACCAUGGCCCAGAAUACUUUUCAAGUCCAUACUGGAGGCAGCAAUCUUGCAGCCUUUGGAAUGUUCGUCCUCUUGUCGCGCUUCAAUCACUCUUGUUCGCCCAAUUCCACGAUCCCGACUUCGGUUAGUGAGAGUGGCCGAGAAACUCUUGCAAUUCUCGCGAAAAGGGACAUCAGCGCUGGAGAAGAGAUCACGUUCAACUAUCUUCCGGGGUUCGAACUGAAAAGCCAGCAUGAACGCCAUCAGCUACUGCAAUUUACAUGCAAAUGUGAAGCCUGUCAUGCAAGCUCUUCGGCUCAACGAGCCAGUGAUAUGCGCCGAACCCUCGUACGAGGACUACAAUACCUUUCACGAGGUAAAGAUCUGGAUGAACAAACACAGGAUUCAACUUUGCCAUUUUCCAUCGAUCCUGAACUAAAGAAGGCAGCAGAGGAGUUGCGCAUCCCUCUUUCUUCGAGGUUCCUCAUUGAUCUUCUAAGCAUGGCUCUCUUGGAGGAGGAGGGUUUGAUAGAUGAUUUAAUCGUCAAAAAAAUCCAAACCGUAUCGGGCUGGUUUGAAACGGAGAGAAACGACAGAAUUGCCAAACAUGCCAUGGCUCAGGCGACCUGGCGAGAGAAGUUCUGCGUUGCCGCCAGACUCUAUGGGCGAGAAGAUGCUGCCGAUCAUGACGUUGCCAUGGAACUACAAACGAUGCGAGACCUCGCCUUGGAGCAAUAA